AAGAUCAUCUGGAUAUCUGGUGAAUCAGACACAGGCAAAUCCACCAUAGUGCGCAAACUCGCCCAGGAUUUCCACGACAACGGCGCGCUCGCUGCGACCUUCUUUUUCUCCCGCAGUCACCCUAUCCGUAGCACCGCAGAUCAUGUUAUUCCCACCAUCGCUUACCAACUUGGUCUCCUUCAUCCUCUUGCCAAAAAGUCUAUCAUCGACGAAAUCGUCAACGACCCCCAGUUGCUCAAGCAGGGAAAGUCGCGGUACGAGCAGUUCACUCACCUUGUGCUCAAACCGCUUGAGGUCCUGAAGCACAACUGGGAAGGGAAGUCUAUGGUCAUGGUCUUAGACGGGCUGGACGAAUGCAAUCCCGGCGACCACAAUACCCGCGUCGCUUAGCUGAUCGAUCAUUUUCAUAGAGCUCUUCAGCAAAGUAACGCUGCCAGCUUCCGUGUCAUACUCACCAGCCGUCCCUAUCCGUACAUUCGGGAUGUUAUGUCCAGGUCCUCCCUCGUUACACCGCUGAACAUAGAAGAUUUCGACGUCCCGGAUGACACUAAGCAAUACUCCCGGUCUUCCAUCGGCAAUCUCUCCUCAGCGCAAGCACUUUAUGAUGCGCCCCACGGUAGUCGACCAUCGGUGAUUGACAAGGCUUAUAGUCUCCCCAUCGUCGGCGUCGUUUCGGCUACGAUGAUUGCGUUGCUGACGCCGAAGAUACUGGCGUUUGCCGAUAAACACUUUUCCUCGAUUCAAGUUGUCUUCUCGAUAGGUGUUGUAGGCGCGUUACUCCUAUUGCACCAGCGCAUCGCGUCUCUGGAACGGGCGAUCGCAAAUAUGAAUGUUAGUCAGUCACGACAGGUGAACGGGAACGAAGAGUUUCCGGAAAUCAUUCCUUCGCUGUCGGCUACAUCUUCGCCAGACGUCGACACCACGAGAGGUCCAAUACGCGCGGGUGUCUAUCUGGUCGCCCGAAUCGAAGAAGAUAGUGCUAUAGAUUUAUCUGGAGACGAUGGAAGAACAGUUAUCGGCUACAAAAUCCAUAAAGGCAAUAACCAAAAAUGGGAGUUCUCACCAAUGGGAGCGGGGUAUUCCAUCAAAUGUGUGGGUCCGGGGACGUAUCUCUCCUGCGAGAAGGAACAAGAGGGAGCUACAGUAGUCGCUGCGCUUAAUCCCGUUAGCUGGGAUAUAACAAUGCUCUCAGGAAAG